AUGCCUGAUAUUAAUGAUCGUGAAACGAAGCCGUUUUUUCCUGGUCGUGAUCCGGCUAUGUUAGUAGGUGCGAAUGGAGGUUUUCAUCCUCGUGAUGGUGCUGUUGUUGAGCCGCCUGCUCAGUUGAACUAUGUUAGGGAUAAUUGGAUGAAUCCGAGACAUAGGUUUUAUAAUAUGCAGCUUGUGAAUUCGAGUUAUGCUGCUGUUCUUCCUGAAACAUCGCAGGCACUCUCCUUGCCGUUUGUCCAGCCACCGGCGGAUGCAUCGAGGAAUGAGAAUGGGGAUGGGAUUGAAGAGUUAGCUGUUAAGAAGGAAGGAGGCAAGUCGAAGAAAAGGAAAUCGAAGGGUGCUCUUACCGUUCCGAAAGCUAAGAAACCCAAGAAGGCAAAGGAGAAUGGCAAUAAUUCAGCUCAAGGUGUGAAACCACCGAAGAAGACUGUGGCGCUUGAAAUAAACGGAAUUGAAAUGGACAUUUCUGGUCUACCUGUUCCUGUUUGUUCAUGCACUGGAGUCCUCAGCAGAGUUAUCGGUGGGGCUGUGGAGGUUGGCAAUCAGCUUGCUGUUUUAGAAAAGCUUGCAGCUGAAGGUUAUAAUUUUGCUAACCCUAUUGAUCUGAAGACUCAUUGGGCUAGACAUGGCACCAACAAGUUUGUCACUAUCAGAUAG